AUGUGCUUGGGCAAAGAGGAGGGCCAGUGCGUGCUCGAGUGGUGCGCGUCGUGCAACUUCGACACGACGCGGACGGCCCUGGUCCGCGAGAUGUGCGACUGCAUCGACGACCUCAAGUACGCGGACGACGAGGACGUCGACGAGAUGAUCGUCGAAUGGAAACCGCUCGCGGCCCAGAGCUUCAAGAAGAAGCUGGCCCUGCUCAAGAGCGGCUUCUCCGGCGAGGGCGCGGCCGCGCUCAACCAGCCCGGCGCCUUCGCGUCGGGCUUCUCGGCCGCGGCCGCGGCCGCGCCGCCGUCGCCGCGCCAAGGCCGCGCCAAGGCCGCGGCCGCGCUGUCGUCGCCGCACGGCGGCCGCGCCGAGGCCGCGCCGUCGCGGCCCGCGCGCGCGCCGGCGCCGGCGCCCCCGGCGACGCAGGCGCCGAGCGACGCCGAGGCGUCCUCGGACGACGCCGCCUCCGAGGACGAGCGGCCCGCGCGCAAGCGCAAGGCCGCGGCGGCGAAGAAGAAGGCGCCGAAGAAGGCCCGGGCCGCGCCGAAGGCGAGGCGGGCGCCGGCGAAGAAGCCGGCCACGGGCGACCGGCGGCUGGCGACGCAGGUCUACUCCGAGGCGGAGCUCUGGGCCGCGCCGAAGCCCCAGCUCGGCGACCUCGGCGACGUCGUGCUCGCGCGGAGCGCGGAGACGGGCCGCUGCGCCAAGUGCGACGGCGUCCACGCGACGGCGGACUGCCCGCACUUCCCCAGGGACCGCGAGCUGGUGACGAGCGUGCCCAUCUCGUCGAGCCGCUGCGCGGCCCUCGAGGGCGAGCCGUGGUCUCGGACGGCGACGUCGCGCGACGAGGCCGACGCGCCCGCGCCGCGGGCCUGCGACGCGUGGCGGUCCGCGGGGUCCACCGCGCGCGUCCAGGCGCUGCUCGACCGGGACGCGCGCAUCGCCGUCGCCCAGCCGAACCCGAAGGCGCCGGGCACGCUAUCGUUCGCGCGCUACGAGGCCUACGCCGCCGCGACGACGUGCUCCGAGUUCCUCGACCUCGGCGGCCGGCGCGACGACCUCAAGCACGACCUCGCCAAGGGCUUCGUCGUCGUCGUCGGGCCGGGCCACGGCCGGUCGCGCGUGUCCUCGGACGUCGCCGACGACACGGACGACGACGACGGCGUCAUCGACCUCGGCCCGCCGGCGGAGGACAAGGCCCUCGACGCGGAGGUCGCGGGGCUCCUCGCCGGCGGCGACGGCGACGACGACGCGCUCCUGACCAUCUCCCUCUGA